UACUUUGACAUUAAUUAAUAUUAAUUUUUUUCACAUCAAUUGGACGUGUUUUUUAAUAGAAAAUAUAUAUUUAUUUCAAUAAACUUUUUGUUAUUAAAUUUAUUACAAUAAAAAUGCAACGUGUUAAACCCAUUGCUUCAAAAACCGGCGAAAUUGUGGCCUACAGUGAGGCAGCCAUAAGACACAAUAUAUCUGCGGUGGAAUAUUGUCGCACAUCAAUGGCUGCAAUUUCGGGAUGUGCAGCGGGUAUUUUGGGACUGAAUGGCUUGCUCGGAUUUUUGUUCUACUUUAUAUCAGUUUUUGUUUUGUGGCUUUUGGUGCUCGGCAAAUCCGGUACUGGUUGGCGUAAGUUUUUCAUUAAUCGCCAAAGUUUGCUGACCAACAGUUUUAUGGGGGCAUUAUGCACUUAUGUAUUAUUCUGGACAUUCCUUUAUGGUAUGGUACAUGUCUACUAAGGUAUAAUUUUAAGUAGAUAUAUGCGAGGAUUAGGCUUGAUUUAGGUAUAUAUAAAUAAAUGAGAAAAAAACUUAAAAA